AUGAGCUAUUCACUAGAAUUACUUGUGCUAUGUUUUUCUCUAUUGUUCCUCACUUACACAUUUACCCGUCGAACCAAAUUCAAAUCCAAGACAAUAAACAAAGAAGCCCCGGAACUCGGUGGCGCAUGGCCAAUCAUCGGACACCUCCAUCUACUCGGUGGUGGCGACAAGCUACUCUACCGUACACUAGGUGCCAUGGCAGACAAAUAUGGGCCAGCUUUCAACAUUCGGCUAGGAACCCGCCGAGCUUUCGUGGUUAGUAGUUGGGAAGUAGCUAAAGAAUGCUUCACUAUAAAUGACAAGGCCCUUGCUUCUCGGCCCAAAACUGCGGCUGUGAAGCAUAUGGGUUAUAACUAUGCGGUUUUUGGUUUUGCACCUUACACGCCCUUUUGGCGUGAAAUGAGGAAGAUUGCAACCCUUGAACUUCUCUCCAACCGACGUCUCGAGAUGCUUAAAGAUGUUCGGAUGCUGGAGAUAAGUUCGGGGAUUAACGAGCUUUAUAGAAAAUGGAAUGAAAAUUCUUGUGAACCGGUUGUUGUAGGGCUAGAUAAAUGGUUAGAGCAUAUGAUGUUAAAUAUAGUUGUGAUGAUGGUAGCUGGUAAGCGGUAUUUUGGGGCUGGAAAUGGUGGUGAUGCUGAGGCCGAAAGAUGUCACAAAGCUAUCACUGAUUUCUUUCGUUUGAUUGGUAUAUUUGUGGUAUCGGACGCGAUACCUUUUCUUUCAUGGUUGGAUUUACAAGGUUACGAGAAGCAAAUGAAACAAACCGCGGAAGAUCUUGAUUUAGUACUUGGAGGUUGGCUUCAUGAACAUCGAAAAAAGAGGGAAUUAGACUUAGAAGGAAAUAAAAAUGACGUAAAGGAUUUUAUAGAUGUAAUGUUGUCGCUUGAAGAGGAUGGUCAACUAUCUAAUAGUGAGCAUGAUGUUGAUACUAGUAUCAAAUCUACAUGUUUGGCAUUGAUUCUUGGAGGGAGCGACACGACUGCUGGGACACUAGUUUGGGCAAUCUCAUUGUUGGUAAACCAUCCAGAUGUCCUACGGAAAAUGCAGCAAGAGCUAGAUGACCAAGUAGGAAGAGAGAGACAAGUUGAUGAAUCCGACGUCAAAAACUUAGUAUUUCUUCAAGCUGUAAUCAAAGAAACAUUGCGUCUUUAUCCUGCAGGCCCGCUUCUAGGGCCAAGGGAGGCAAUGGAAGAUUGUACCGUAGCAGGGUACAAUGUAAAAGCUGGGACGCGGUUGAUAGUUAACAUUUGGAAGCUACAAAGGGAUGAGAGAGUUUGGGAUAAACCAACAGAAUUUCAACCUGAAAGGUUUUUGAGCUUAGCUCAUGAGAACGUCGACCUAAGAGGACAACAGUUUGUGCUGAUGCCUUUUGGGUCAGGUCGACGUUCUUGCCCUGGGGCCACAUUUGGGCUCCAAGUGCUUCAUUUGACAUUGGCCCGUCUUGUUCAUGGUUUUGAUUUGGGUCAACCAGGAGGUGUCCCAGUGGACAUGACCGAAAGCCCUGGAAUGACUAUUCCAAAACUCAAGCCGUUGGAAGUCCUCUUGACCCCACGCCUUCCACGUGAGCUCUAUGGUUAA